AUGACAGACACUCUUCACUUGCAGCUGUUUAAGGAGGGACCCCGAGGUCUGCAGAGCAAGGCCUCACUGUCUCUGGACAACUUCCGGGCUAUCGAAACAGGUUUCACCCUGGACCGGGAGAGUAAUACGCUGGCACUCCUGUGUGACGGGAACUCCAUCGUACUGGCAUUUGAGGCACGCGAGGCACUCAUUCAGUGGCAGGUCAAAAUCGCCGCCAGCGUGCCCUAUGUACAUCAGUUCGCCGGUCAGCUCCUGGUGUCACCUCCGCGCAGUAAACUGGGCACCGGACCAGCGAGGCUACAUGUUCAGGAUCUCAGGGUAUCUCUGGUGAUGGGCUCGCCGCCCCGGCUGGCAGCCACGUGGGCCAUCGCUGACCUCAGACGCUACGGCCCUGCCGACGGCAAGUACGUGCUCGAGGGCGGCUCCCGCUGUGGCCGUGCAGAAGGACUGCAUGUGCUGGGGGUCACAGGAGGGCAGGCUGACGUCAUUCAUACGGCGGUGGAGGAGGCGGCGCAGUGUAGACUCCAGGCGAGGAGAAGACUGGCGAGGAAGCAGGACGAGAGUCCGAGCGGCCUGUCACGACGCACCGUGUCACGAAGCUGCAGUCGUGACAGCACCAUCACGAGGUCAAGGGAGAGCGGUCUGUGCCGGCAGUCCAGUCUCCAGUGGAGUGCCUGCUCCUCAGACGACUGCGAUCUCUCCGACCCGGCGGCCGUUGCCUCCGGUGACGUCAUCACCCGUCCGUGCGGCGACGGCCAAUCAGAGUUCUCGGCCGGCAGCAGCGGCUCCGACUCUGCCGCCGGCCGCCGCGCGUCCGCCGGAUCGGGCGGCGGCUCUGGCUUUGGUAGUGGCGUCUGCGGCCGCUCCGCCUCCGGCUCUGGCUCUGGGAUGAGAUCGCCUCGGGCGGUGCGAAGGUGUUCUGCUGAUUGCGCAUGCGCUGUGAAGAUCAGCAGGAGUAGCCUUAGGAGAACUGGAGUGCUGGAUGGUGUUGGGGAGGAGCCUCGAAAUGCGGCCACGCCCACCUCACCACCACCCGGGCCGCGAUUCGUCGACCACGUCUACGAAGAACCGGGCGAGAAACCAAUCAACGGCGGCGUUACAUCGCACCGACCAAUCACCAUUCAAGGCACAACCCACCGGCCAAUCAACACUCCGAACUCAUCUCACCGACCAAUCACCGACUGUGGCUCAUCCGGGCGGCUCGUUCGAACGGUUGCUGAAGUCCAUGACCUUGACCCGGCCUUGGGUGGGUACGACCGACCCCGUCCUGCUCUACCAACCACUCCAGGCGCGGGGGCGACAAGAUUGAGCCCUGAAGGAGUCUCGGAGCAUCUAUAUGAAGACCCAGGUCCUGCAGAAGGCUGGUAUCAAACCCCGAGGCCGUGUAACGUCUGUCAGAAACGCUGCACUGAAUCCCGGCAAGCCGAUGAUGGUUUGUACAAAAUACCGGCCUGUCCUUGCGCAAGCUGUGGAGGUCAUAGCCAGGCUGCGUCAGGGGUUCUCAAACCAGGCGGUGGAGGAGGGCAGCAGACGUCAGUGGCUCUCAAACCGAGAGUGGAUGGAAGCGGGAGAAUGCCUGUGAUGAACGCGGACACAGGUGAAAUCGAGAUUCCCGCUCCCGGCGAUCAGCUCUGCCCCCAGAUUCCCUCCGAACAGAUUUUGGACACCGGUCUCUACUCCCAGCCCACCCGACCUGCUUACGCGGUGGUGGAUAAAUCAAAACGGACCUAUCCUCUUCUUCCUGGUCUGGCUCCUCCGCCGCUACCGGCUGCGACCCCGGCAACGGAGCCGAGCUAUGCGAACGUGGCGCCACCUGAUGGCGGGCCGGCGUACGCCAACUGCGCGCCGGUGAAUAUAGGUGGCGGUGUUGUCGGGUCGGCGGAUAUAGGUGGCAGCACUAGUACUUCCUGUCCCCCGCCUAUUUCAAAAUCUACGAGUGCCACAGAUAUAGCAGCAACGAAGGAUGACGCUACUUAUGUGAAUUGCUCCCCGAUUCAAGUACAAACAAGCACAAAUGCAACCAACGGAGCGACUUACGUCAACUGCUCUCCAAUUCCUCAACCCCAUCACCCCCAUCACCAUCAACAACCUCUCUACGCCAACGAGCCCAAAACAUCCCUUCCCCCCAACAACUACCUCCCCAUGCGUCCCCCUUGUGGUCCCAACCGCCCCACCCUUGGUGACGAUUACCUCGACAUGUCUGGUCGACCGGGUCGCCUCGCGAUGCGAAGAUCCCAUUCUGCGGAAUGUGGCCAAAAGAUGGCGCUGAGAUCGGCGUCGCUGGGCAGACGUCCAAUGCCGAGUCCCAAACCGGAGAGACUGAGACAUCUGGUGGUGGCGAGAGGGCCGGGCCCGGUGGUGGACGGGAGGUCCUCCACACUACCCGUUGACUCUCGCGCCGGCGUGACGUCACUGGUGGACAGCCCGGUGACGUCACUGGCGGCAGGAUCGACGUCACCGGCCAUACCUCCGCUUCAGCUGUCUAGCUCAGAAGCCGGUCGAGAUGACAGUCAGAGCCAGCUGUCGGCCCGAUCAGCAAGCUCUAGUUCGCCGCGGGUGGCGCUGCUGUCGCAGAAGCCCCGCUCUGGUACUGAAUACCAGUGUUUGGAUCGAGGUCGGCUGUUGGCUCAGAUGUCUGAGCCAGGCCCGGAUGGGAGGCCAGGUCGGGGCUGCUCGGUGGACAUCUGAAUAUCACCGGUGACCUGACCUGUGACCUCAGCUGAGCUUGCCGGUGACCUUACCUGACCUUAUUUGAUCUAAUGUGAACGUCACGACCUUCCGAACGGGGGUGUGGACUGACCUAUCACGGAGCCCGUAAGAUGUCACAUCUGUAAGAUCGUGGUCCGUAAGAUGCCGCAUACGACCUACGGUAUGUGUGACCCUACCUGACCAGUAGUGUCAAUACCAGGACACAUAUGACCUACGGUAUACCUGUCGACUGUCAUCAUCAAGUCUCAUAUGAGUUACUGUGAGAACUUGUGGACUUGUGGUUCAGCUAGGCAGUAUUGAUCUGCGUUAUGGCAUGGACUAAGGUACCCAGUACCCACGGAGAAAACAUACGAACGAAGAUUGCUGAGUGGUAAAGUGGUUUGCAACGAGAAAAGAGCGAGACGCGUAAAUAACUUGAUUGCCGAGAAGAUCUCUCAUUGAUAUGUUUUUGAAAUGAUACGCGUUCUAUGUAUUUUGUGCGCAUCUCUCGUUUCUUUUCGACGGUUUUCGUGCUUGCUUACUACGGAAUUUAGUAAACUGUACGCCAACUUCCUUUUAUAUGCCACUUUAUGUAAGCCCUCAUCUAAAUUAACCUUGUUCUAGAAGAGCAUAGCACCAUCACCUCCAGUCAUGCAAGUGCCGGAUAAAUUCUCACAUUUGUUUUGAGGAGCUUAUCUUGCUGCCGGCCUUUGUUGCGGUUGGAAAGUCUGGAUGCUAGUGUUCACUGUCAUUUGGUGCUGGUCAACUAUUGUCGCGUUUUUUUUUUGGACAAUUCCUGCGCAAGCAAGUGACCAACGGUUUUGCACUUUUGAUACAUUUUGAUAUACCAUUUAAAGAUACGAGAGAGUGGAAAUCUUUAAAUGCGUAGAACAGUUGACUUCGUAGAACAGUAGAACCGUUGACUGUGUGUGUUGUUUUUGUUUCACCUCAUCGCUGAAAUGAUGAGCUAUGCUUCGUGCCAUUUAUUUUCAUACCAAUCAUUGAUGACAGUCCUUGCUAAACAUGCACUACGUUCCACUCAUACAUGGCUAUAUAUAUUGCAGAGCCGUUGUCAUGACAACCUGUCUUGUUUGCUGACGUUAUCAACAUGCCGGCCAUAAGUAUUAUGCACAGACAUGAAUUUACCGCCAUUUCUGGGUCUCAUUGACCCCGUGACUGUGUGACAUGUGACCCGUGACGCCAGAGCCGUGACGCGUGACAUGUGAUGUAUGAACUCCACUGCCAGGCUGGAUCACACCGGCAGCCAUUUCCAAACAAAUCCAACACGCAUCUGCAUCCUCCAGCACGCAACAGACCUACUAAUGGUGAUAUGUGAACCGAGCUUCAGCCCCAGUACGCUUUUUGUUGUUGGUCUCGCGAUGGUAUGUGUUUUGAUACUUUUGAUAGCAACACUGUACACAAGAUUUGCCAAGAUCCUGCUUGUAAAGUUGAUAUUGCGGUAUGGUAAUAAAUGUAACCUAAAUAGUUGA